UAUUGAGUGUGUAGAUAAUUUAUAAACACUAUAAAAGAAAGAAAAUACAAGUUUAGAUAGAUAUAACAUUAUUAUUUAAGAUAGUAACUUAAUUUUUUUUUUAUUAUUUUCCUUAUAUUUUAUGUAUAUUCUUUAGUCUAUUUUAAUUUUUUCCAUGGCUUCCUCCUUGUUGCUUCAAUUGUGCAUAAUCUUUGUAGUUUUCGGAUUGGCAUUUGCUCAAUUGUCCGAGAACUACUAUGCAAAAUCAUGCCCUCAAGCUAAAUGCAUAAUUAAAGAUGAAGUUAGGAAAACAAUAAAGAAAGAACCUGGCAUGGGUGGAUCUCUUCUUCAUCUUCAUUUCCAUGAUUGUGGAGUUGGUGGAUGUGAUGGAUCAAUUUUACUCGACGACACACCAAAGACACCUGGGGAAAAGUCUUCCUUAAUAAAUGUAAAUUCAACUUGGGGAUACGAAGUCAUUGAUAGGAUCAAAGCUCGACUAGAAAAAACAUGUCCUGGUGUUGUAUCAUGUGCUGAUAUCUUAGCAGCGGCUGCUCGAGACUCUGUUGUCACGCUCGGUGGACCAACAUGGGCAUUACCAUUAGGAAGAAGAGAUUCAACUGAACCACAUAGAAUGUUGACUGACACCUUAGGUUCUCUCUUUAAUGCGAAUUUACAAGCUCUAGUUAUGGCCUUUAAACAACAAGGCUAUACAAUGGAAGAAUUUGUGGCUUUGACAGGGUCUCACACAAUUGGUAGGGCAAGAUGCUUAACAUUCCGAAAGCAUAUCUAUGACGAUAAGAACAUAAAUCCUGCCUUCGCGAAGGCAAUGCAAGCACAUUGCCCCAAGGUAGGAAACGAUAGCGAACGUAUACCAAUCGACUCCACCACUCCAUAUGUGUUUGACAAUGCAUACUUCAAAAACUUGUUGCAACAAAAAGGUCUUCUUGCCAUAGAUCAAGAAUUAUACACCGGAAAGGGAGGAAUCACAGAUGCAAUAGUCGCGAAUUAUAGUUCAAAUCAGGAUAUCUUUUUCAAGCAAUAUGUUACGGCAAUAACAAAGUUUGGACAAACUGGUGUUCUUACCGGAAACAAAGGAGAGGUUAGAACUAACUGUAGGAAGGUCAAUGCUCCAAAAGCUUGAAGCUUGCUAUAGAUGAAUGUUCAACCUAGCUCUUGUAUAUAAUUUAUUCGAGCCUUUGAACUUGUGUGAUGUAUGGACUAAAUAUAAAAAAGAAUAUAUGUAAGGUCAAUUGUAUGAUUACAAUCAUCGAAAAAAGGUGUACACAAGUAACUGUCAUUAAUAUAAUACUUUAUUCCAAUAUGGUUAUGGACUAAUAAAUUUAUGAAAGGUAUUUAAGCUAC